AGGACAUUCAAAUUAUGAUUAUAUGUUGGACAAUCUUUUUGUUUUACGCCAAUUUUGGUUGUGCACUUAACAAGGAUGUAAUCCAACCAGACCCUGUGAUAGUUACACAACUGGGACAAAGUGUAUCUCUCACAUGCUUUUGUCGACUUGAUUUGAUGUUCAGAGUCUCUUGGUUCAAGCAAUCUGUUGGACAGAAGCCUCUUCUCAUGGCAUCAUCAUAUUAUCUCUCUAAAAAUAGAUUGCAUUUUACCAAGGACUUUAAUGAGACUAAACGUUUAAGUGUGAAGAGAGGAAUUGCCAGCUUUAACCUGACCAUCUCCAAGACAGAGUCCGGGGACUCAGCUAUAUACUACUGUGGUGCUAUGGAAGUGGGCCAAGUCACAUUUGGAGAAGGAACAUUUUUAAUUGUCGAAGAUUCAGGGUCCAACAGCAUGUCUGUUCUUCAGCAGCCUUUGUCUGAGUCAGUUCAGCCAGGAGACUCUGUGACUCUGAACUGUACAAUACACACUGAGACCUGUGCAGGAGAACACAGUGUCUAUUGGUUCAGACAUGGCUCAGGAGAAUCCCGUCCAGGAAUCAUUUACACCCAUGGAGACAGGAGUGAUCAGUGUGAAAAGAGCCUUGAAGCUGGGUCUCCGACACAGAGCUGUGUCUACAACCUCCUCAAGAGGAACCUCAGCCUCUCUGAUGCUGGGACUUACUACUGUGCUGUGGCCUCAUGUGGGGCGAUACUGUUUGGGAACGGUACCCAGUUGGACAUUGAGGCAGGCGGGAGUGUAGACCCUCUUCUCUUUGUAUACUGCCUGGCCGUAGCAUUGGCCUUUGCGUUUAUCUUGAUCAUUCUCCUUGCCUGCAUGAUUUACAAGAUGAAGAAGACAACAUGUCUGCAGUGCAGUGAACUGGUCUCUCAGACAAGAGGUCCUUCAGUUUCCCGGUCAGAUACAAGUAGCCAAGAUGCAGACAGUCUCCAUGACGUUUCUCUGCCUCUGAGCAACAAGAAGAACAGGUCUAGAAGACAGAGAGGAAACAUGGAGGAAGAGACGGUGGUCAUGUACUCUGGAAUUAGACAGUAGAACUGGAUGAAUGAAACAAUUUUCCCUUCAUACUAGAUAACUCUUUAACUAGCUCUAGCUUCGUUAGCUAUUUCUUUGAAUGGAUAUGCUGAAGAAAUGUGAU